AUUCACAAGGAUUGUGACAUCGUUUAUUUCUUGCAUGCGCGCACCCAUGUGUUGAAGAUGCUGUAGAGGAUCUUUAAAAGAUUCGGCCAUGUUCAAGAAUGAUGAAGACUGGAAUAUUUAUCAAAAACCAAAGAUUCAAUUAGUGGAAGCAAUAAGGACGUCUUUGGACGUUUAAGAAUUCAAUAUGUCUACCUCACUCCGUCCCAUCCUCGUGUCCCUGUUGCUUGGCAUAGUAGUAAACACAGACGCUGCAACAAUCAAAGUUCUUGGAUUAUACGACUCCGCGGACACUGGUUUGGCCACGACCCUCGGCUAUGCUGUUGACCGAGUGAAUGGCGACUCGUCUGUUCUCUCCGGCCACACUGUCAGCCUUACCACCACCAGCACCACACCGACAGAUACCUAUGCCGCUGCGGAUGCAGUUUGUUCUGCUCUUUCCUCUGGCCUCGACUUGAUCAUCGAUGGUUCCUCCGACACUGUCCGCGCGGCUGUGAGAAAGCAGGCGGAGGUGGUUGGCGUGCCCGUUGUGAGCUGGGGCGAGAUGCCCGAGGAGGUAGACAGCGCCACCUACAGCAACUCCGUCAACUUCGACCCUCCGAUCAACGUCAUGACCGAAUCGAUCGCCAGCGUCGUCAAUACAGAGAACAUGACCAACAUUGCCUUUGUAUAUGACUCCACUUUCAAUUAUGACGACCUCCAGAGGCGAAUCCUACGUAACGUCCCUUCUCAGCACAUGUACUUUGCGUUGCCAAGCACCAACGCCUUGAUAGACACCCAACUCGGCUACAUCAAGUCUAACGCCAUAAAGUACAUCUUCAUCCUUGGAAGCAACGCGAAAGCUGGAAAAUAUCUUGGAAGGGCAAACAAGCUCAAUUUGAUGACUUUCAAGUUCUACUGGUUUGUUGUAACAAAGGAUACUGCUGUCACUUGCACAAGCUGCUCCAAAGAAAGUAACUACGUGACCUUGACCGCCAAGCCCGACUCGACCCAGUCAGCCACUUAUGUGACCUUCAUGGCCAGCAAAACGUCUGGGUUUACCGCCAGCGACAUCGAUGUUGACCAAGCCUUUGUGUCUGAUUUGGUGAUGCUCGCCGGUAAAGGUCUUGCCAGUUACCUGUCUGACAGCUCGUGGAACCAACCCAUUGUACCUAACUGCGGCACCUUCACCACACCUAACGCAACCUUUGUAGCCCAGGCUGCCGGGGUUGUCACCAAACUGAAGGCGUUGGUUGCUACUGGACUGUUUGGUACCUUCACCUUCUCAGCCACAUCAAACAAAGAAGGCAUGACCAUGGAAAUCAAGAAUUUGAAAUAUUCUGGCGGAACUCAGACACAGUCAACAACGUUGGGAACAUGGUCAAGUGCUACCGGACUGAGCAGUUCAUCUGUGACUAUUGCGGCCGGCAAGCGUUCAUACAGAAUAUCAACUAUAGUGGAACCCCCUUUUCUGUUCAAAAAUGCAGACGGCACCUUCGACGGCUACUGCAAAGAGUUAAUUGACCACUUGUAGCAAUUCCUUUCUUUACAGGAACCCCCUUUUCUGUUCAAAAAUGCAGACGGCACCUUCGACGGCUACUGCAAAGAGUUAAUUGACCACUUGUCUAAAGAAAUGAACUUUGACUACACCAUCAUCGAGUCACCAGACGGCAAGUAUGGCAGUCUGCAAUCAGACGGGAGCUGGAAUGGAAUGGUCAACGAACUCAUUCAGGACAGAGCCGACAUCAUCAUAGCACCACUCUCGGUCAUGGCGGAGAGAGAGAGCGUGAUUGACUAUACCGUGCCCUUCUAUGACUUGGUCGGUAUCACCAUCCUCAUGAGGAAACCAGUCUUCGAGUACCAACUCUUCAAGUUCAUGACAGUGUUGGAAAACAACGUCUGGAUUUGUUUCCUCUCGGCAUUCUUCUUGUGCAGUUUCCUGCUGUGGUUGUUCGACCGCUUCGGGCCCUACAGCUACCAGAAUAACAAGGCAAAGUACUGGGAUGGCACUGGAAUGGAGCCGAGGGUUUUCGACUGGAAGGAGGGUGUCUGGUUCUGCUUCACUUCUAUGACCCCGCAAGGUGGUGGCGAAGCUCCCAUGGGCAUCUCAGGCAAACUGAUCGCGGCUGCCUGGUGGGUGUUCGGCUUCAUCAUGAUCGCUACCUACACUGCUAACUUGGCUGCUUUCUUGACCGUCUCUCGUUUGGAAACUCCCAUUGAAUCCCUUGACGACUUGGCGAAACAGUUCAAGACCAAGUAUGCGCCACAGCAAGAUGCUGCAACUCAGACCUACUUCAAACGUAUGGCCGACAUUGAGGACAGGUUCUACAGCUUGUGGAAGGAUAUGAGCAUGAACAGUUCCCUCGGUGUGGUAGAGCGCGCCAAGCUGGCUGUAUGGGAUUACCCCGUCAGUGACAAGUUCACAUCGAUGUGGAAUUCCAUGGCAGAGUCUGGAUUCCCUUCAUCUUUCGCUGAAGCAAUCGCAAGGGUCAAGACGCCCAAGGAUGAUGAAGACGACUUUGCCUUCAUUGGUGAUGCUACCCAGAACAAAUAUGCCGUGCUGACCAACUGUGACUUCUGGGAGGUCGGUGAGGAGUUCAGCAGAAAGCCAUACGCCAUUGCCGUUCAACAGGGACAGGUCGCGCUCAGGAACGAGUUGUCAGACGCCGUCUUGAAACUGCUCAACCAACGUCUUCUGGAGGACAUGAAGGCCUACUGGUGGGAGUACAACAUGAAGGAAUGCCCCAAGGUCGAGGAUGAGAGCGAGGGUAUCAGUCUGAGGAACAUCGGAGGCGUGUACCUCCUCAUCUUCAUGGGCGUCGGGUUCGCCUUGGUGGCACUUCUCUGGGAGUUCUUCUGGUAUAAGUACCGCGCUGAUAAGAAGAAGGCUGAGGCGAAGAAACAAGUUGUGGUCAAGUCUGGGCAUGAUGAUAUGCACGUCAAGGACAUUGAGAAAAAUAACUAUGAUAAUGAGUAUUCGGGGCGACCAAGAACGCAGCAGAAUGCCUUCCAUAUGUAAUGGACUUUAGCCACAAAAAGUUUUUUUAUCACCUAAAGAGAACCAGGCUCAGAUCUGAACGAUGAAGCUAUUGCGUCACUUUACCCAUCCCCGUUUGUCGUUUCGUAUUCGAUCACUGUAUAUAUUUCUUUUAAACAAUGCUUUUAAUUUAAGGGGUUUUACGAUUCGAGCAGUAAGCAGUGGUCAUAGCAAUAUGCAGGAAUUAGAUGUAAAAUAUUUAGCAUUUAUACGCACACACUGGAAUUUAGAUGUGGAUGAUUUAAGUUAUCACUACUGUUAGCAGUAUGAGUUCGUACACAAUAUUAUGCAUAUCGUGAUAGGUACUGUGAUAUUUCCUCUAGAGGAGUUAAAUUGUUACAUGUAUUUAGUUUUAAGACAAUGAUGAAGAGACAAUUUUGUCAUUUUUCUGACGCGCAAAAUUCUAAAUUUAACUAUUUGACAUGAAAAAAAGGUAUGACACCUCUGUUUCAUAAUGAUAUAUCAGAGUCUUUCAAAUACCCUCGAUAUAUAUACCUCUAACGGGUUUGAUUGUUGUAAGCGUUGCGUAAUAAUGUUACGUGGUGACGCAUUGGAAGAAUGGAAAUGGAGACCAUAUCAAUCGAGUAUCGCAGAAGUCGCUGUCACCUGUUUCCUGAAUGAUUGCUUGCCAACGCCGCCGUGUGCUACGUUGCCGUCGGUAGGACGCAGGCAUUCGGCACCGCCGGCGGCUCCGACUCGCCUGACGCUGAUGGCCUAUAGGGAAUUUUGAACAUGAACAAGAAAAUGCAACACGAUUACGUUGUAACUGAUGAAGGGUGAGUACAUAAUGGACUGUCCCGCGUUAAAUUUCUCCCUCAGCUUGUUCAGACUCUGUGUUUCCAUUCCUCCUAGCUUGUGUAAAUAGCAAAUAUUGUAUCACAUUUUGGAAUUUUGUAAGAAAUGAAUAAUUAAAGUCGACUCACUGUGUGUUCAACUGUGUUACAUAACCUGCACCAUGGUAUCAGAAAAUAACUAAGUUCUCCAUUGAUUUAUCUCCGUUCCAAAUCGAGGAAAUAUUGGGAUAAGUUUGAUGUGAAUGUUAAUAAGAAAAUGACUUGUAUAACUGAUUAUUCGUGGUUACGCAUUGAUAGAUUAUUCGGUGAUAGUUUAUUCAUUUAUUGAUAUGGUUAACCAUGGUAUUGCUUGGGGUGAAAUGGUAAGGGUCGUGCUAGUGCACAGAAGCUGAUAAAGCCAGGAAUAUCACUUACAGCUUUCUAAAACAGAAACUUCAUACAUGUUUAGCCUAUCAAAAGUCGAUACAAGUUGCCCUAAGCCUCACGAGUGAAUAAAUAACUUCCCCUUCAAAUCAUUUCUUGAGAGAUGGCUUGGCCAAUAGCAACUACUCGAUGUAAGAAGUGUUUCAACAACGUUAAAAGCGCAUUUAAACCGCCUCCAUGGCAACGCAUCAGUAAUACUGGGGGUUUCUUCAACGUUGGUUUUUCCUUUCGUUUUCAGUAUUGAAGUACCAAUGAAAAUUGUCGCAGUCUCAGUAAAAGUAAAAACAACUACUAACGUAUUAAUAAAGCACAAUGCCAACAAGUGCUCUGGUACAACAAUAUCGAUGAGGUUUGAAAAACCUUCGUUAAGAAAUGGAAUUCCAUAUGAACGCGCCCUUGCACAGGCGCAUGAAGAACUCUAGCGCAAAUGAAAACACCCAUAGAACAAUUAUUUGUUAGGCAUUGUCAGCUGGGCUGGAGGUUUGAUCUUCUCGUGCCUGUGGCUAUAGGUCCGUGGUUAAGACAUGAUUCUGAUCCGCUCUUACGUUUUGUCGAUGUAACUUGUCGUUGAACAUGGAAUACCAUUACUGUUUUGGAGCAUAUUUUGGCAUAAGACAUGCAAAGAGCACAUUGCAGGCCUGUGCUUCCAUGACAACGAGGUGGCUAAACAGGGGCCUCACUCUGGAGUGUUAAUUGGUGAGUUUUUAAGAUUCAGAUUGAAGAUGUGACCAUUACCACAUAACUGGUGUAUAAUUUUAGCCCAGGCUGUAAAUACAUGUCCAGUAUCAUCUGUGAUUUAUCAAAAUAAAGUGUGUUAUCAUUCGGUGUGUUGACGA